AUGGCAGUACAUGAUCGGCAGAUAAAGAUAGGAUCACAAGAUGAAUCAACCAGUCUUGAAUCUAAGACAAAAUCUUCCCAAAAUACAGAUUGGCAUAUAUUAAAACAUUUAAUUGGUUAUAUAUGGCCUAAAGAUGAUUUAUCUAUAAAGAUUCGUGUUGUAGUUGCGUUAUCUUUCUUGGUUGGAGGAAAGAUUCUCAACGUUCAAGUUCCAUUCUUUUUCAAAUAUAUAGUUGAUUCUUUAAAUAUAGAUACUGCUCAGAUUGGAACUGCAUUAACUGUAGUUGGUGCUAUGAUAGCUGGGUAUGGUCUUGCACGCAUUGGUGCAACAAUAUUCUCUGAAAUUCGUAAUGCAAUAUUCGCCAAUGUAGCGCAAAAAGCUAUUCGAAAAGUUGCCAAGAAUGUUUUUUAUCACUUACAUAAAUUAGAUUUGGAUUUCCAUCUCAAACGUCAGACGGGUGGUUUAAGUAGAGCUAUUGAUCGUGGAACUAAUACCAAAUUUCGCAAAGAGGCAAAUCAGGCUGAUAAUGAGGCUGCAACAGUAGCAGUAGACUCUUUGUUAAAUUAUGAAGCUGUUAAAUACUUUAACAAUGAAAAAUUUGAAACUGAACAAUAUGAUAAGGCUUUAUCUAAAUAUGAAAAAGCCUCCCUUAAAAUAGCAACUUCUUUGGCCUUUUUGAAUUCUGGUCAAAAUCUCAUUUUUAGCUCUGCCUUAACAGCUAUGAUGGCUUUAGCUGCUCAAGGAAUUGUUCAAGGAACACUAACUGUUGGUGAUUUGGUGAUGAUUAAUCAACUUGUAUUUCAACUUUCAUUACCUUUAAACUUCCUUGGUUCGGUUUACAGAGAACUACGACAAAGUUUGAUUGACAUGGAUGUUAUGUUUAAUUUACAAUCCAUGAACAUCACUAUUAAGGACAUGCCUGACGUGAAACCACUCAUUGUCCAAGGUGGUGAAAUCAGAUUCGAAAAUGUAUUUUUUGGAUAUCAUCCUGAACGUCCUAUUUUGAAUGGUGUUAGUUUUAUUGUCCCAAGAGGAAAAAAGGUAGCAAUUGUAGGGCCAAGUGGAUGCGGAAAGUCGACUAUAUUACGAUUAUUAUUUCGAUUUUACGAUCCACAAUCUGGAAAUAUAUAUAUUGAUGGGCAGAACAUUAAAAAGGUCACAUUGGAAAGUUUAAGAAAAAGCAUUGGCGUGGUUCCACAGGACACCGCUCUCUUUAACAAUUCUAUUUAUCAUAAUAUAUUAUAUGGUAAAAUUAAUGCCAUUUCCAGUGAAGUUGAAAAUGCAGCAAAAAAGGCUCAAAUUCAUGAUGUAAUCCAAUCAUUACCCGAUAAAUAUAAUACUCGCGUCGGUGAACGUGGUUUUAUGCUUUCAGGAGGUGAAAAACAACGUGUAGCUUUAGCAAGAACAAUUUUAAAAGAUCCUCCAAUACUUUUUUUUGAUGAGGCAACUUCAGCGUUAGAUACUCAUACUGAACAGUCUUUACUUGCAAACAUAAGAAGUCUACUUCAGGAAAAGAGUAAAACAAGCAUGUUUGUUGCACAUAGGUUAAGGUCAAUUUCAGAUGCAGAUGAAAUUUUUGUACUACGCGACGGUGUUAUAGUUGAACAGGGUACACAUGAUGACCUUAUACAAAAAGAAGGUAGCCUUUAUGGAGAUAUGUGGUAUACACAAGAGAUGUCAGAUCCAAUGUUUGAUGAAGAGUAUGACGAAAAACCUGAUUCAACAGACCAAAAAUAA